GUCAGAUUUUAUAUUGUCUGUUAGCCUCAGCAAAAGUCUAGUGGAUGCUGCAACUUAUCCUUGUAAAAAGUGGGAAAUCUUUGUUUAGUUUUUUGGCUUUGAAACUGUGUGACUAUUGAAAAAUUUUUUUUCUUGGACAUACUAGAAUUUCCUCCAGUAAUUAUAGUAAUGCUGUUAAUAAUUCCUGGGACUUAUUUGUUCUUGUUUAUUUGUUCUUUUUCUAAAUAUAACUUGAAGCUUAGGGGAAUGUAUUAAAACUGGGUAAGGACUUGGAAAUAUUACAGGAAUCUAGGGAACUGAAUACAGGAUUAAAAAUGGUUGGUUCUGGAUUGACAACUUGGUUUGAAUUGUAAUAAUUAUAACUUACAGAACUAGGUUUGAGUUUUUAUGGUUCCAAGGCUUUUGGGAGAACCUAAGAACAGUCUCAAUAUGUCUAGACUGUAGUAAGCUCAGCAUGAUUAACAACUGUUUUGAGAGAAUCUUGAAUCACAGUUUAAUAAAUUAACAUGCCUAUAUCAUGAGUAGAUUUUGAUUUUUCUUUCCUUUUUGUUGUUGUUGUUCUCCUCCUCCUCUUCUUCCUCUUCCUCCUCCUCCUCCUCCUUCUUUUUUAGGGUUUAUUUUUAUGGGGCUGGAGAGAUGGCUCAGUGGUUAAGAACACUGACUGCUCUUCCAGAGGUCCUGAGCGCAAUUCCCUUACAACCAUCUGUAAUGGGAUUCGAUGUCCUCUUCUGUUGUGUCUGAAGACAGUUUUUUUUUUUUUUUAAGAUUUAUUUUUAUUUAUAUGCAUGUGUUUGUGUGAAUGUCAAAAGAGAGAUCUAUCAAAGCUGGAGUUGCAGGAAGUUGUGAGCUGCAUGAUGAGGGUGAGGGUGCUAGGAGCUGAGCUCAGGUCCUUUAGAAAAGUGGGACAAGCUCUUACCCGCUGAAUGACCUCUCCUGCUCCUGAUUCUUGUUUUUGAGACAGGAUCUCAGGGCAUCCAUACAUGUCUCGUGUAGAAUUUUGACGUAGUAUUAAAUUAUUUCUUUUAACGUGUAAUGUGUUUUACCUGCAAGUGUGUGUGUGUGUGUGUGUGUGUGUGUGUAUGUGUGUGUGUGUGUACAUACUACAUGUGGGCCUGGAGCCCUCAGUCUGGAAGGGGAUGUCAGAUCCCAUGAAACUAGAAUAACAUACUGUUGUGAGCUGGCAUGUAGGUGCUGGGAAUUAAGCCUCUGUUCUCUGGAAGAACAGCCAGAGCUCUUAACUGCUGAGCCAUCUCUCCCAGCCCUGACUUUUGAUAUUUUUUUAAAUGACAGUUGUGGGUGGAAAAGACAGUUUAGUGAGUAAGAGUGCUUGCCCAGCAAGCAUAAAGACCUGAGUCUGAGUCUGUGGCAUCUGCAUUAAAAGCUAGGAAAGGCUUUAACCUGUAACCCCAGCAUUGGGGGAGAAGGCAUGUAGCUCUUGAGAGCUCCCUGUUUGGCUAACCAGCUUAGCUGAAAUGGUGUACUUCCAGUUCAGUGAGGGACCCCAUUUUAAGACAGAAAGGUAAAGCGCACCAAGUGUUCUGCUCUCCACAUGUAUAUGCACAGGUGAGCCCCUCAUGUGCACACCCACAAGUACACAAAAAAAUUAAGGAUAAAUAAAUGAAAAAUAAAAAAUGAUAGUGUGCAAUUGUUCACAAGAAGAGACCAUUCUGUAUUUUAAGAGUUGGGACACACACACACACAAAACACACAUGUAAUAUAAUAUAGUCUCUAGUCUUUUAAGUUAGUUUCACCAAGUGUUAAAAUAUAAUGACAAAGGGCUGGCUUAGUAAGGUGCUUGCUAUGCAAGUGUGAAGACUUGAGGUUUAAAUCCCUGUUACCUAUGUGAAAAGCCAGGCGUGGUGACUUGUGCCUGGGCAGGUCUUCAGGAGGAUUCCUGGUGCCUGCUGGCCAGCCAUCCUACAUGAGUGAGAGAUCCUGUUCCCCAAAGUUUGGAGAGAUGUACAGGAAGAUGCCUGAUAUCAACCUUUGACUUAGAGAGGCACAUGCACAAGACCUGCAGAUGCAUACACACAAAGGGUGUAAAGUGGUGAUUCUAUUGAUUCUUACUAGCAAGCAGUGCUUUACUUUGUAAUAUGCAUUUGAGCCAUUAACUUUGGUAGAUUGUUAUAUCUCCUAGUAAUAGAACAAUACACAUUUAACUUUUUGGUUUUUUGAGACAGGGUUUCUCUGUAUAGCCCUGGCUAUCCUGGAACUCACUCUGUAGACCAGGCUGGCCUCGAACUCAGAAAUCCGCCUGCCUCUGCCUCCCAAGUGCUGGGAUUAAAGGUGUGCGCCACCACGCCCGGCUAUAUUUAACUUUUAAAUAAAAAAAUUAAAUACUGUACUUUUAAAAGUUUUCAUUAUCUUUAAAAUUUUGAAGAAGAGUUGAGACAGUCUUAACCUGUAGCUGGCUGGCCUACAGCUCACUAUGUAGAGCAGCGUAGCUUGGAAUUCACAGAGAUCUGCCUGCCUCUGCUUCCUAGUUGGUAGGGUUACAUAUGUGAGUCGCCACUCUUGGCUUCAACCAUUGUCUGUUGUUGUUGUUGUUUUUUUUUUAAACUGGGUCUCAUGUGGCCUACACUUGGCUCAAACUAAACUUGCCCAUGAACUGGUAUGCACUGUGCUUGGCUGAACCAUGUUUUUUUAAAAGUGUGUCUAUCUGUGUGAGUGUGUGUGCAAGAGUGUGUGUGUGUGCACCAACAUGUGGAGGUUAAAGGACAGCUUUUGUGAGUCACUUCUUUUCUUCCACAGUGGAUCUAAGCAUUAGGCUUGCAUGGCAAGAGAUUUUAAAGGCUGAGUCCCUCACCCUUGUUCUUGAAGAAGAAAUUUUUUUGGAUCGAAGAUGGGGUUUGGUUGUGCAUACUUACUGUAAAUUAUUUUUGCCAGUGAGGAGGCCAGACCUGGGAGGACUGGGAAGUAAGUGUGGUGGGGUGCAUGCUGUCAGAUUCCCAAACAAUCAAUAAAAAUAUAAUGGAAAAUUUUUUUUUUGUCUGAAUAUGGUCAGCGUAGAGGCAGUGGAAAUACAUGAAAUGUCAUGAAGAGAAAGUAAAAUCUGACUCAGGGACUCUGGAGCACAGACUCUUGAGUUGAACAGUAUGAUCAGAUGACCUGGCAGAGCUAAGACAGAGCCUUGGCAAGAUGAAGAAAUAACAUCAUUACUUAAGUGAAAACAAAAAUUGAAAUUACUUUAGACUGGGUGUGGCAGAGCACUCCUUUAAUUCCAGCACUUGGGAGAAAGGCAGGUGGUAAACCUGGUCUGAAUAGCAAGUUCCAGGACAGCCAGGGCCACCUUGUCUUAAAAAACUGCGACCAACAAAAUAUUACUUUGGGGAUUUGUAAAUGUGGAAAAGAGAUUGUUUGUCUGUAGGAUGACAAUGUUUAUUAUAAGACAUGGUGCUUCCUGUAACUUCUGGGUUAACCAAGAAAACUCAUAAAAGGGACUUCCCUUAAAAACCCUUCAGAUAAAGUUCAAUGUGGAAAAGUAACUUCCUACUGGAGCUAGGAAGGAGGAGGGUGUAUGGCUCCACACCAUAAGUCAGAAAUAAGAGAAGAAGUACAAGUACGAGGUACCUGCUUUCUUAUGGUUUCUUAGGAGCCUCUGUUUCCCUCCCCUCCCCCUCUCUUUUUCUGUGUGCACCAGGUACAUGCUCAUGUAUGCCACAGUGUGUGUGUGUGUGUGUGUGUGUGUGUGUGUGUGUGUGUGUAGCUCAAAGUAUUGUUUGUAUAGGGGUCACUUCUUGCCUACCACCAUGUGGGUUUCAGGAAUCAAACUCAGUUUGUCAUGCUUGAUGGCAAAGCACUUUUCCCUGCUAAGCCCUCUUGCCAACCUGUGCUUCUAUUGUACGGCCGACCUCUCUCAUCCUUGGUUCACAGGUUUCUUGUUUUCUGUGAAUACACAUCAUACCCUUCCUAGGUUACUAAAUUUCUUUAUAAAUAACAUGUAUUUACUCAUUUUGUGUGUGUGUUUUUGUGGGGUGGGGUGGGGGCAGGAUACCUAGGCCAUGGUGGCAUGUAUGUAGAGGGUUAGAGAACAGCUUCUGAAAGUUAACUCUCACCUUCCUUUCUGUGGUUCCUAGAGAUCCAACUCAAGUGGUCAGUCUUGGCAGCAAGGACCUUCACCCAAUUAGCAUCUCCAACCCCAUGUUUGUUUGUCUGUCUGUCUGUCUGAAACACAUUCUCAUUUAUUUGUAGCUGGCCUGGAUCUCUCCAUAUAGCUAAGAAUAUCCUUAAACUUCUGCUGUUUUUACCUCUCAAGCUAGGAUUGUAGACAUGCCACAACAAAUGACCCUAAUUUUUAAAUUUCAAGUAUUUUCUUCCUUUUUAUGUUUUUAUGCUUUACUGGUAGCAUAUUGAUCAAGAUCUGAUUUUCUUUAUUUCUUUUUUAUCCCUUAUUUGAUAAAAUUUGAUAGAAUUUGAUAAAUUCUUUACUUUUUUUCUUCUAUGGCUGAAAUAGCUUGCUCUUCUGAAAGAAUCUUUAUUCUGUUAAUUACUAUUUAUUCUGUUAAUGAUUAUAUAAAACCAUCUAUAUACAGUUCUUGCUACUCACCUCUUAAAAAUAUUUUCAUACAUUUUUAUUUAAGUAUGAUGGUUUGUAUAUUGUCCAAACCAGUUUACUUUGUUUUUGUGAGACUAGGCCUUGAACUUGAUGGGAUUUUCCUGCUUCAGACUCCCUAAAGCUGAAUUUAGAGGCAUGUGCCAUCAUACCUGGUUUAAUUGUGUGUGUGUGUGUCUGUGUCUGUGUGUCUGUGUGUCUCUAUGUGUGUUUAUUUAUUUAUUUUGAGACAGGGUCUCACUAUAUAGCCCAGGCUGGUCUCAUACUUGUGAUACUAUUGCCUUAAGCCUCCUAAGAGCUGGGAUUACAGGUGUGUGUCACUAUCCCUGUCUCUUCAACCUACUUCUACUUUUUAAAAUUACAUUGUAUUUGUAUAUUUAUUAUUUUCAGAAAUUAAUUUAUUUGUUUUUGAGACAAGGUCUUAACUGUGUAGCCCUGGCUAGCCUAGAACUGUUUCUGGAGACUAAACUAGAUUCACAAACUCAAUGUUUAUUUACCCUUCCCUUGCCUCCCAUUGCUAGGAUUAAAGGUAUGGGCCACCACUCCCAGCUUGUUUAUGUUUUUACCCCAAGAGUUUAUACAUUCUGAAGUAGCUUUUAAAUUUUUCUCUUUUUUGCUUUUCAUGAGACAAGGGUCUUACUAUGUAGUUUUAGCUGCCCUGGAGCUUACUAGAUCUGGCUAGCCUCUAAGAGAUUUUCUGCCUCUGCCUUCUAAGUGCUGGGAUAAAAGUUGGGCUUUACCAUUCCUGGUUGCUUUUUAAAUGUUUUAAAGUAGGACUAGAGAGAUAACUCAGCAGCUAAGAGCACUGGUUGCUCUUGUGAAGGACUUGGGUUCAGUUCCCAGUACCCACCUGUUGGCUUAGAACCACCUAUAACUCCAGUUUAGGCCAUCAAGUGCGUCAUUCUUGCCUUUGUGGGCACCAGGCAGGUAUCCAUGCACUGAAAUAUAUAAAAUAAAUCCUUUUUAAAAAGCUUUCUAAUGUAUAAUGCAUGAUAAAUGUUGAGCAAAUGGUUGUUAAUCAUUAAUAAAAAUUCAGGAAUGAAUUAAACCCUAGGGUAGACUAAAUAGCCCUUCCUGUCUUUUUCCACUGACCUUUUCAUAUUGAUGACAGUAACAGCUAGCAUUUUUAAAGUGUUACUAAGUACCAUGAAAAGUAAUUUGUAAGUUUUCUUCUAUCUUCACGUCUCUCUAUCUCAGUAAUUCUUUAAAAUGAUGCUUUAUUACCUCAUUUUGCAAAUGAGGAAAUUGAGAUUUAGGGAAAACACAUGAUUUAGGGACUCCUUAACCUCAGAUGUUUCUGACUAAAAGUUCAUAUUCUUGACUGCUGUCUUCUAAGAAGGCUCUUGUUUUUAAGAAUUGCUUUUAUGGGAUUUCAUGCUGAGGGAAUGCUGAUAAUUUUAAUUGAGUUAAAAAUCUCAGUCCAGGAAGCAGUGCCUAAAAGAGACACUCAGUUCCCUUCUUGUCUUCAUCUAUGUCUGUAGUUGGAAGCAUCACUGAAAAAUGUCACUGCUUCUAGUUCUAUGUUUGUCCUCAUAAAAUUUCAACUCAUAAAACCUCUGCCACACUUAUAUCAGCUGUCCUAGAUUUCAGGAAAGAAUGUCAAACCAUUCUCCUAGUAUCUUGUUAGUCCUAGGAACACCAAAUAACACUGAGAAUUGGUUAGCCUCCUGGAAGAAAAAUUUGUCAACCUGAUAAACCAACCCUUAUAAUAGCAAAUUCUAAUUCCCUUCCCCUCUCUCCUAGACAUUGAAAGUAGGGCCUUGUACAUGCUAGGCAAGUACUGAGAUACUUUCUACCACUGAAUACUUAACACUGAAAUUCUUAAUACUUCCAGUGGUAACAUUGAUACUAAAAACUUCAUGCAUGUUGGACGUGGGAUAUGUAGACAAAUGGACCUUUGUGAGGCCAGCCUUGUCUACAUAGCAAGUUCCAGUCCACUCAGGGCUACACUGUCUCCAAAGUGAACCAAAAUUACCUCCCAAACCCCCAAAACCCAAUCCUCCCGAAUCUCCAUACAUGUAGUAAGCUCUUAGUAUUUUUUACUGGAUGCUUCUCAGACAACAUUCAUCUAGUACUAAUCUUAUUAUCUUAUAUUGAUCCUGAUGAAUUGUUAUAGGUAGUAUAUUUAAUAAUAUAAGGCAAUUUAUGUGUUUGUCACAUUUAAGCCAGUUUAGAUACUAUCCUUUAGGGUGCAUACAUGCGUGCGAGUGCCAGUGUGAGUGUGUUGUGUGUGUGUGUGUGUUGCUAGGGAUUAAAUCCAGGGCCUUGCACAUGUAUACACCAGCCUUUGUUCUUGUUUUUGUUUUGUUCUAUUUUGUUUGUUUGUUUUUUGUUUUGGUUUUUGUUUUUUGUUUUUGGAGACAGGGUUUAUCUGUAUAGCCCUGGCUGUCCUAGAACUCACUUUGUAGACCAGGGUGGCCACGAACUCAGAAAUCCGCCUGCCUCUGCCUCCCAAGUGCUGGGAUUAAAGGCGUGUGCCACCACACCCGGCUUUGUUUUGUUCUUAAUUUUAUUUUAUGUGUAUUGGUGCUUUGUAGGAAUACAUUUUUCUCAACCUACUUUAUUAAGGGUUCAACCUCUCCUUUAGUUCCUCACCCAUCCUUUCACCUGUGUGCCACAGCAAAACAUUAUUUGAUAUAACUGACUUUCCAAAGAAACUAGAAGUUUCCACCUCAGUGUUUUGCUCUCAUGUAUAUCUGUGCAUCUCUUGCUUGACUUGCUCCUGAAGGAGGCCAGAAGAGGGUACUGAACAACCAUUGUUCUUAACACUGAGCCAUCUCUCUAGCCCUUAAAAACUUUUUCUUCCUUUUUUUUUUUUUUUUUUUUUGAGACAGGGUCUUACUUUGUUGCUCUGGAUGACCUAGAACUAUAUAGACCAGGCUGGCCUUGAACUCACAAAGAUCCACCUGCCUCUGCUUCUGAGUGAUGGGUGUGUGCCACGUGACUGGCUUUUUUGUUUGUUUAUUAGAUAUUAGAUUAAAAACAAUAGAACAAGCAAAUUCUCGAUAGCUCUACUUUUCCUACAUCAUAUUCUCUUUCUCUAAAGAGCCAAUAGAGAAACUGCUAGAAAAAAAGUAUAAAAUAGUCAACGAAGGGCCUAUAUCCUCAUUUGUUAUUUUAUUGAAAGUUUCUAAUCUUUUUGAGUACUAGAAUUAUAUGUGUAACACGUCUUCCCUUCGAUUUUUUUUCUUUUUCCUUCUAGACAGGGUCUUGCUGUGUUGUCCUGUUGGUGUCCAAGUUAAGAACCUCCUGCUUCAGCCUCUUCAGUACUUGGGUUAAAGAGCAUGGACCACUCACUGUUCUGGACCUAUAAUUUUUGUAUAUAUUUUAAAGUAGAAUUAUAUGGGAAACUACUCCUUUUUUUCUUGCAGGUUUUAAAUUUAAUUUUACUUUUCUGAACAGACAAAAAUAUCUCUAUAGGUAUCUUUCUCUAUGUUUUUUCUAUGUCUUUCCUAUGUCUCUUCAGAGGUAUUCUAGGAAGAGGUAAGAGGCAGGUGGAGUUGGAGAAGAGACCAGAAUCAUGCUGUGUUUUCCUUCCUCUGGAGUAUUAAUAUUAUAAGGGACAAGAAUAAAGGGCAGAAGAUGGGCACUUUCUUUGGGUGGAGAUUUUUUUUUUAAACUUGCUUUUUUAAAAGGUGUGUCCUAAGUUCCCAAGUGAGUCAUUUGGGGAGUGUGACAGUUUACCCUCAUGUUCUCUUCCAGAUCGACAGAUACACUUAUUUUCAACCUUUAAAUGUUAUUUGAAGGGGCAAAGAUCUCUGGGAGAAUUUUAAAGCUUGAGAUUGGGCUGGUUUGUGUUCUGGAUUUUGAACAGUUUGUCUUCAGAGGGUGAGAACGCAGUAUUCCACAGUGUCCCAGACAGGGGGAUUACAGUAAAGCCAGUGAGUUGAGGGUGAUGAAUUGCUCUGGCCAGGAGAACUACCCUCUGACCUCCCUAUCAGAAGCCAACCUGCCUGUAAACUUUGUAAUUAGAACCAUAUUUAAAGAAGCCAUGUAAAACAACUGUUCAAAGCAGCUACCUGAGGUCCUUUAAGAUGUCCUCUUGUACACAUAGUGCUUUAAGAGUAGGGCUGGUGAGAUGGCUCAGCGGGGUAAGAGCACCGACUGCUCUUCUGAAGGUCAUGAGUUCAAAUCCCAGCAACCAUAUGGUGGCUCACAACCAUCUGUAACGAGAUCUGACGUUCUUUUCUGUAGUAUCUGAAGACAGUUACACUGUACUUACAUAUAAUAAAUAAGUAAAACUUUAAAAAAAUAAAAAGAGUAAGUCUGGCUAGGUAUAGUUACCAAUCCUGUAAAAAUCGCACUUAGGUUGCUAAGACAGGAGGAUGUCAUAUUCUGGGCUAGCCUGAGCUACAUACAUAGUGAGCCCCUGCCUUAAAAAAAAAAAUGAAGGAAAGAAGGAAGGAAGGAAGGAUGGAAGGAAGGAAGACUAGGUUUGGGACCAAUUCUAGCCCUGAUGAGCUUGCUGAAUUUAUAUUCCCACUCAGUAGCCAACUGUAUUGUGCUAUGCUGUUCCUUACUCCAACUUCUCAGGGUUUUCGUGGUUGAAGUCUUCUGGCAUUGAAUAAACUAUUUCCUCAGACCCAAUCAGUGCAUUUCUAGAAAUCUGGAGGACUAUUGAGAAAACUUUAAAAUUCAGAUUGCUUUAGCUUGACCUUAAUUAUCUUAACCAUUAAAUGACUGUAGUUACAGUGUCUGUCUUGUUCUUUUGAAACAAUCUUGCUGUAGUUCCUGGCUGCAUACUUGGAGUACAGUGAUCCUCUGCCUCUGCCUCUUAAGUGUGGGCAUUUAGGCAUGUGCUACCACAUCUGGCUCAGGAUGAACAAGAGGCAUUAGACUCGAUCAUGAAGGACCUGGUGGCCCUCCAGAUGAGCCGACGAACCCGGUUGUCUGGAUAUGAGACCAUGAAGAAUAAGGACACAGGUCACCCAAACAGGCAGAGUGACGUCAGAAUCAAGUUUGAACACAAUGGGGAGAGACGAAUUAUAGCAUUCAGCCGGCCUGUGAGAUACGAAGAUGUGGAGCACAAGGUGACAACAGUCUUUGGGCAGCCUCUUGAUUUGCAUUAUAUGAAUAAUGAGCUCUCCAUCCUGUUGAAAAACCAAGAUGAUCUCGAUAAAGCCAUUGACAUUUUGGAUAGAAGCUCAAGUAUGAAAAGCCUUAGGAUACUACUGUUAUCCCAAGACAGAAACCAUACUAGUUCCUCUCCCCACUCUGGAGUGUCCAGGCAGGUUCGGAUCAAGCCUUCCCAGUCUGCAGGGGAUAUAAAUACCAUCUACCAAGCUCCUGAGCCCAGAAGCAGGCACCUGUCUGUCAGCUCCCAGAACCCUGGCCGAAGCUCUCCUCCCCCGGGAUAUGUACCUGAGCGACAACAGCACAUUGCCCGGCAAGGAUCCUAUACGAGCAUCAACAGCGAAGGUGAAUUCAUCCCAGAGACCAGCGAACAGUGUAUGCUAGAUCCCCUCAGCAGUGCCGAAAAUUCCUUGUCAGGAAGCUGCCAAUCCUUGGACAGGUCAGCAGACAGCCCAUCCUUCAGGAAAUCACAAAUGUCCCGAGCCCGGAGCUUCCCAGACAACAGAAAGGAAUGCUCAGAUCGGGAGACCCAGCUCUAUGAUAAAGGUGUCAAAGGUGGAACCUAUCCCAGGCGCUACCAUGUGUCUGUGCAUCACAAAGACUACAAUGAUGGCAGAAGAACAUUUCCCCGAAUACGACGGCAUCAAGGCAACCUAUUCACUCUGGUGCCCUCAAGUCGCUCCUUGAGCACAAAUGGCGAGAACAUGGGUGUAGCUGUGCAAUACCUGGACCCCCGUGGGCGCCUACGGAGUGCAGACAGUGAGAAUGCCCUCACUGUGCAGGAAAGGAAUGUGCCAACCAAAUCUCCUAGUGCUCCCAUCAAUUGGCGUCGGGGGAAGCUCCUGGGUCAAGGUGCCUUCGGCAGGGUCUACUUGUGCUAUGAUGUGGACACAGGACGUGAACUUGCUUCUAAGCAGGUCCAGUUUGACCCAGAUAGUCCUGAGACAAGCAAGGAGGUGAGUGCUCUGGAGUGUGAGAUCCAGUUGCUGAAGAACCUGCAGCAUGAGCGCAUUGUGCAGUACUACGGCUGCCUGCGGGACCGUGCUGAGAAGAUCCUCACCAUCUUUAUGGAGUAUAUGCCAGGGGGCUCUGUAAAAGACCAGUUGAAGGCCUACGGAGCUCUGACAGAGAGUGUGACCCGCAAGUACACCCGGCAGAUUCUGGAGGGCAUGUCAUACCUGCACAGCAACAUGAUUGUGCAUCGGGACAUCAAGGGAGCCAAUAUCCUCCGAGACUCAGCUGGGAAUGUGAAGCUUGGGGAUUUUGGGGCCAGCAAACGCCUACAGACCAUCUGCAUGUCAGGGACAGGCAUUCGCUCUGUCACUGGCACACCCUACUGGAUGAGUCCUGAAGUCAUCAGUGGCGAGGGCUAUGGAAGAAAGGCAGACGUGUGGAGCCUGGGCUGUACUGUGGUGGAAAUGCUGACAGAGAAACCACCUUGGGCAGAGUAUGAAGCUAUGGCUGCCAUUUUCAAGAUUGCCACCCAGCCUACCAAUCCUCAGCUGCCCUCUCACAUCUCAGAACACGGCAGGGACUUCCUGAGGCGCAUAUUUGUGGAAGCUCGUCAGAGACCCUCAGCUGAGGAGCUGCUCACACACCACUUUGCACAGCUAGUGUACUGAGCUCUCAAGGCUAUGCAGCUGCCAGCUGCCACCUGCUGAGCAGGCAAGGGGCUGCUGUCAGGCUCAGUGAAGUUGCUGCUUCUUCCAGGCAAGGCUAUGACCAGUGGAGCAUCGGUCCAGCCAUUGUUUGUCUGUGCCCCAUCUGCCACUGGGACUCAAAGCCAGGAUGGGAUAGCUCUGGCAUCAAGACUGGGAGCUCCAGCCUGUAAGACCCAAGAGCUUUAGCACCUUAAGCUCAGUAUGGCGGGAAGGGCUGGAAACAGUAUGCAAGACUGCCAUGGGUCCUGCCUACCCUCAGAUGUGUCCUAACACUGCAGACAGCACUGAAGUCAAGAGGGACUGGGGCACAGGAGGUCCUCAAGGGUAUGAAUAGUGUUACUUCAUUCAGAGUGUUACUUUGUUUCUCUCCCAAUGUUUGGAGACCACCAGCCUGUCUCUGGGCUGCAAGCCUGAGGUAAAGCCCAGCAUCCCCCAGCCAACAGAAGGUAGAGGUUUGGGCUACCCCACUAUAGCUUCCAGGUAUUCGGUGUCAGUCCUGUCUUACCAAAGAUGAAUGAAGCAAAUGUUACACUGCCUUAUUCUGGGAAGGAGGAGCUACUCGGAUAAGCAGGGCCUGAGAGAUGGAGCUGCCUCCAGAAACUGGGGAGACCCAGUCUUGUCAAUGCAAUUGUCUCUGUUUUACAAGUUGGAGUCACUCUUAUGCUGUUCCCAGUUUUAAAACUGGAGACUUUGCCCUCUGAGCUCUGGAGACCCAUGUGGGCUUAGGCCUUGGACUGGAUGGAAGAGCUGAUGGCCUCUGCCCCCUGGCCUGCCCUCUGUUCCCUCACUGGAGCAGAGAAAGUAGACAACACAAGUCAGGGCACCUGGUUCUGGGCAGCUCAGCAGAGUGCAGGGGGUUGUCUCAGGCUGUCUGCAUCUCAAAUCUGUCAGGCCUGAGCCCACUCCAUGGGAAAGUCCUUGAGCUGCCACAACCGUGUCCAAAGCCACCAGCUGUGUUCCUCAGCCCGACCUGUCCACUUGUCAUCAACCUCAUUCCCUUCUUGUUCCUCCCACAAAGGAGGAUGCCAGUAGGGGCUAGGGAAAGAGUUAUCUCCAAGCAGCUUAGAGUUGGCCAUAUUUACCUCAGCCUGGGUGCUGGUCCUUUCUUCCAGCCCCUUUCUUCCCCUCCAAAUGUGCCUAUUUCUAGAGCUCCUCCCUCCUAACUCCCAAAUUUUUGGGAGUUAUCAUUAAAGGAAAGGAAAAAAAAAAAAAAGAAGCCAGUGCCCAGGGAUGGGCAUCUCCAGGGAGCUGGGGAUUAGUGCCAGGCAGCUCUUUGCCAGCCAUGCCCACUUCCCCAUGGGCACAGAACAAGCCAAAGCCUUCGUUGUAUGUUGACGAUGCACUUUUAUGAAUGUAGUUUCUAUCGCUGUUUUUAGCCUUUUCACAUCAUGUAAUGUGAGGCCUUGUACUUGUUAAUUUAUAUCUCAGAUCCAUAUUUGAUGGUUUUAUAUAUAUAUAUCAAUUCUAGACUGUUACCGGUGAUGGACUCCUGAAGAGAGAACAGAAAUUGAAAGCAGCUGGUUUUGCAGAUAUGUGUGUUGCACGGUGCCAAUUGGGCCUGGGCCCCUCUGUUUUAUUUCCUUUCCCUUGGGGGUCUGUCAGGCCACUCUCUAACUGCUCUGAAGCCAGUGAGCAAAGUCCUGCUUCCACCUCAGCCUUUGCCCAAAGUAGGGACUGGCCCCUCUUCUAGACCAAAGCUGCCAAAAGGCAGCUGGGCCUCUCCAUGACCCCAUCCUGAUGGCUAUAUAGCACCCUUUAGCCUAUCCCUAUCCACACCCCGAACCCAAAGGAGAUAGAGAUUGGUGGGGUGACAAGAUGUUAGAUGAGACAACUCUGCUUGUCACAGGUUCAGGCUCUCACGGAGCUCCCCCCAUAUCCCCAUGGGGGGGGGGGGGGAGUGUAUUACCUCAUAGGCAAUGUUUCUAAAAUGAACUUAAAAGUAAACCAACAAAUUCUGCACUCCAAAGGGGGGGUGGGGGGGAGACACCUUUUUUUGUGCCAAAAACUGUGGACAUGCUGGUUCAGCAGCCUCAGGACCAAGCUGUUAAUUUAUUUUUUUCUUAUUAACAAAUCCAAAUGACAAGUUGUGGGCCUCCAGGGUGGCCUGGGCCCAAAGGUUAUGAAGGAAGGUUUCCUAGCAGCCCUUGGCCUGCUGUGCAAAGAUGCUACACCACCUUCAUUUGUUCUUCAUUCCAUGGGGUUUAUCUGCCUUCACCAACCCCACAUGGAAGGGCCAAGCCUGGGUCAGGUGCACGCUGCCACCCUCCUUCCCCUCCCUCCCACUUGCCCAGCUCUGUGUCUGAAUUGUGGAAUGUGCAGAAGAACCUGCAGCCAUAGUUAUUGACUAUAUCUUGACUGAGGGCUUGCAGUGCAAAGCCAGGCCAGUGCAUUACUUACAAUAAAAGGGAUCAUUUAUA